GCCUGCGCGCGGCUCGGGCUCCGGGGCUCCGGGGCUCCGGGCAAGCGCUCCCCCGGGUCCCCCCGCCCGCCGUGCUGCCGGUGGCUGGUAGGAGCGGGCGCGGCGCGGGAGGCGGCGGCGGCGGCGGGGAGCCGAGUGGGGGGAGCCGAGCGGAGGGAGCCGCAGCCCAAGCCCCAGCCCCUGUCCCGGCCAGACCGCCCGCCUGCCGCGCCGGCGCCGCGCGUGAGCCCCGCGCCCGCAGAGACAUGAGCGCCCGGCGGCCCGACGCACCCGAGGCGCAGCGGCCCGGCCCCGCGGCCCCGUGAUGGGCUCCUGCGUGUCGCGAGAUCUGUUCACAAGUGCCCACAAGGACUGCCCCAUGCCCCAGGGCACGGACCCCCUGAACCCGGACUUGUCCUCCAGCCACCCCCCCACUGUUGCUCCAGACCAUGUCACUGGCAAGGACAAACAGAUGGAUUUCUGUUGGGAUCCUUGGCAGAGGUGCUUCCAGACCACCAAUGGCUACCUGGCCGACUCCAGGUCCUGCUCCAACAACUACAACGUGGCAGCUCUGGCCACCUCGUCCCUUGUGGGGGUGGUGCAGAGCAUCAAGGACCACAUCACAAAGCCCACGGCCAUGGCACGUGGCCGCGUGGCCCACCUGAUCGAGUGGAAGGGCUGGCGCGCCCAGCGGUCAGGCUGGGAGCUGUCCCCCGCUGAGGACGAGCAUUACUGCCGCCUUCCCGAUGAGCUGCGGGAGGCCCGUUUUGCUGCAGGGGUUGCCGAGCAGUUUGCGAUCACAGAGGCCACGCUGAGCGCCUGGUCCUCGCUGGACGACGAGGAGCUUCACCUCGAGAACAGCCCUCAGGACAUGGUCCAGCUCCAGGACCUGGAGAGCAUCUACCUGCAGGACAGUCUUCUGAGUGGCCCCUCACAGGAUGACAGUCUUCUGGCCUUCUCCUCCUCUGGCCUCUCCCCCGAGGGUUGGCCCUCGCCUGACGAGCCCCCCAUCACAGCUGUCGGCCCCCAGCCCCCCAGCCUGGAAGAGGAGCAUCAGCGGCGGCUGCCUCGGGGUCUGGGGCCUGAGGGUGGGGCCCAUUUGCAGGGUUCCCUCCCCUCGGUGGACAGCAUCUCCCUCUCAGAGGAGGAGGACGAGGUGUUCUAUAACUGAGGGCGGGGGGCGGCUGUGUGCCUCGGAGCCUCUCAUACUGUGACCUUGCCCGGUGGGCAGCCCAGGCGUAUCAGGAUGGUGGGGUCUGGGCUGGGCAUUUCUGGACUCCUCAGGGCAGGCAGGGGUGGGUACAGCAGGGACGGAGGCCAGCCCUCCCUGUGGACCAAUCUGUGCCUCCAUGGACCUGCCCCAGGAGUGGGAGCCAUAAUCCCCCUUCUCCUUUCUUUACUUGGCUCAGGAGGGCACCUUCCCCCGUGGGGUUUCCACCAGCGGUGAGCUUGAGGACUCUCAGCAGGCACCAGGGCAAGCUGCCAGGAGGAGCCAGCUGCUGGGCCCCUGGGCUCAGGACUCGGGAGACCCACUUGGAGUGGGGCCUGGGGACCCUGCCUUGACCCCGGGGCUCAGUCCUCCCCCCUCCCUCUGUGUUUGUGUCCCCAUCAGCGGUGGGACAGCCUCUCUGGUAGCUAAGCUCCUCGGCUCCCUCCACGAGGAUCGCCUGUCCCUGGUGCCCCUGCUCCCUUCCUUGCACCCUCCUCCCACCUUCCAGAAGGUUCUCUACAGACAUUAAAGUGGUGGAUUCACCCUGGA